UUCCGCCUCAGUCUUGGCCGGGAAGUCGAGUCAAGAUGAUCCUCCUCAUCGGCUUCGUAUCGUUGUUGUUUGGUGUUCAAGAAGUGAUUCCAGUCGGCGAUCACAGUGCCGUCUCACUCCUCGCACCCUUUUUCGGAAUCACUUUACUACCGGUAUCACUCGUCUCCGGUACCAGCAGAUACGUCCCAAAGUGGAAGAAGCAGGCCUGCGAGAUCCCAGCAUCCCAGCACCCCAAUUCACACUACGUAUGCGACGAAGCAGGAGACGUGAAAUGUCUGCCAGGAUGGAGGGGAGACUUGUGCGACGUUCCAGUGUGCAGGAAAGGAUGUGACCCACUCCAAGGAUACUGCCGUCGUCCCGGUGAAUGUCAAUGCAAAUUCGGCUUCUAUGGAGAACUAUGUGACAAAUGCGUCGCUUUACCGUUGUGUCAGCACGGCAGGUGCAACGUGAGCUUCGAGUGUGCCUGCGAUCCAGGAUGGUCGGGACCUUUCUGCUCCGAGCCGAUAUGCAGCUCAGACUGUCACCCCGCCAGAGGAUACUGCGAAAAACCAGGCGAAUGCAGGUGCAGACUCGGCUGGCAAGGAUACAAGUGUAAAGAGUGUGCCGUUCUGCCAGGCUGCGUCCACGGAACGUGUCAAGGGCCUCUUGAGUGCCGCUGCGAACCAGGGUGGACUGGUUUCUUAUGCCAGACACCAAUCUGCGCGAAGGGAUGCAGCAGGGAACAUGGAGGGUGUCGACGCCCUGAAACUUGCAGAUGCCGGGUUGGCUGGAACGGGCCAAACUGCACGGAGUGUGUUCCUUACCCAGGAUGCGUUCACGGCACUUGCAAAAGGCCGUGGGAGUGUCGGUGCCAACCUGGCUGGACUGGAGAUCUCUGCAAUGAGAAAUUGACCUACUGUGAUGAGAACCCAGAUUCUUGUAAGAAUAACGGAACUUGCAUCAGCGUCAUUCCGGAAGACGGAAAUUUCAGAUGCAUUUGCCCGAUGGGUUACAUGGGUCGUCAGUGUCAGAUCGAGACGACAGUACCAGCGACGGAAUUGAUGCCCCCUAUGCCGAUCAACACACCGACGCAAUUCGAGAUGCCGGCGACGUCAACGGAAGAAAGCGUCUUGUAGGGAAUUUCAUUUUCAUUUUUAUGGCUAAUGGUUUUAUUAGUUUCAUCGUAGAAUACUGUCAAUUAUCAUAAUUUGUCAUAGAAGUUCGUACUCUAUCACAAAAAUUUACAGAAAUUUUCUUCCAACAUUUCGAGUCAAUCGACUUUUUAAUUUGUUAUAGAUAACUGUAUAUAAUCAAAAUUUUUAGUAACGCACCACAGUUUUCUACGAAAAAUUUACAAAAACCAAUGAUUUUCCGUUGUUCCGUGUCUCCGUAAAAUAUUGUAAAAAUUAUCGACACCCGGGUGAUCAUCAAACGCGUCCCAGCAUCCCGCGAAAUUAGGUCCAGGAAGCGAAAACGGUCAAGCGAAGUAGGCCAACCGUCCGUGUCCCGACAUAAAUCACGGUGACGUUUCAGCAUCGGCAUCGUUAAUAGCAUUCGAGGCGAAUCGAGUGGCCGAGCACUCGCAGGCAGGCAAAGAGAUACCUGAGUAACGUAGACCUGUGGUGUUCAACCGACUUAACGGUCUAGCGAACAUGUGUUUCCUAUCCGCCAAAGCCGGGCAUCAGGAGCUCCGCAACCCUGUUUACACAGGCACGAGUGGCACCGUGUGUCCAUGUAUAGCUGCAGCCCGACGGAACUCUGUCCUAGGUAUUGCGUUGCCCACGUGUAACGCGCUGCUGGUAUGAACGACCGUUACGCAAUGCGACCGCAAAGUUUGACCGUCGGUAACCGGGUUUGAUUUUUAAAAAUUCGCCAGUUCCGGUCCGCGUGUUCUUAUCUUCUCUGGAUUACGUAAAACUCAACUUCUCUCUGCCUGUUUGUACGUAUUUUCGCUCGUAACUUCAGAACGAGUGAACCGAUUUUGAUUAUUCUUUUUUCGAUGGAUAGCUACAAGUUCUUGCUAGGUUUUAGACUAUAUUUCGUUACAACCAGAUCAAUGGUUUUAGAGGUAUAACGAUGUUUGUAAGCCAGGCUAGAACGAGAUCACGAACUUAAGCGAUCGCUGACUAAACACUUACAGAUAGAGGAAAGUUAUGUUCAAGAGUUUUCUAUGUCUUGAAAAGCUCCGCAAAAAAGUCUAUGAGAUCAUAUGGCUAUGUCUAACAGUCGUGUCACAAGAAGCAUUUGAAAAUAUUCGUGGGCGGAGCCGCAACGGGCUUCUAGUUAGUUAUAAGAUCGUUCGAAAAUCCGAAGCACACUACGCGAUACACAGGAAUGCGAAUUGCGCAGAAGCUGAUAUUUAUUCGUUUAUUUAUUGUACUUAAGUAGUUAUAGUAUAUAUGUAUUUAUUUUCCACAUGCUAUCUUUCCUUUUAUGAUCUGAGUAUAAUAAAGAUUGCAUUAUACCUAUCGUGCCUGCA